CACCAAUUUUUGAGCUUUUCGCCCAAAUCUCCCGAGAGGUGAGAUGUCAGCCCUCUCUCAGACGAUCCUUGACCAUAUACCCAGCUAUUUCAAGCAACGCGAGAUCUUCGUCCCUCUCAUUGUUGGAUUUUAUGUCGUGGUUCUGGGGCUUUGUUUGACAGGAGCCCUCCGAGUCUCCAAAGGACAGCAGGAUAAAGCACGAAAGGAGAGAGGCUCUCAAUUUUCAAUGCUUGAUGAGGAUGAAGAUGAUGAAGGCAAGGAAUCGUAAAUUGGUGGGAAUGUGACAUUGGGAGGAGUUGGGGGAGGGUUUAGAUUUUGUUGAUGUCCAGCUUUAACAAGCAAGGACUGGUCGAAUCUGUACUCAUGAGGGAGGUAGAACCAUCUUCGGUGAGCUAAUGCGAGGAAAGGCUUCAAAGACGGGUCGGAAGGAGUUGGUCACAUGACCACAUUUCGUUCUUGGCCCUGAUGCUUCUCAAGACUCACCUUUCCAUAGCCUACAUGUGGAAAGGUCAAAGUGAUG